UGAAAGAGGGCAUUGCAGGUUGUGUUGAAUAUAUAGUUUUUAAAAUUUAUCACUUUUGUGCGUUUAUCUUCCUUAUUACCUAAGACUGAACAUUAAACGCUAUUGCGGACAACUCUGAUUGUAUAUCACUUCAUCAAGAUCGUACAUUAUGAUUAAUCGCUGACUAAGGGGCGUGGAUAAAGUAUGGCGAUGAAUAAGAAUGCCGAAAUCGGCUCUACAGGAUCCGUCACUAUCCCACCAGAUGGAGACACAGAUGUAUCCGGGGGAUCGGGACAAAGGAGCAACUUGAAUAUCGUAGUUGAACGUCCUGCAUAUACGCAGACCCAUUUUGAUGAGGGUUUUGAAGCAACGGAAAAAUCAAAAGUUCAUCCAAUCAGAGCUUUGAGAGAUUCGGCAGUCAAUGCUGUAUCUUGUAAUGCAAAAUGUGCAAAGAAUUUUUUCUUAGGACUCUUUCCAUUUAUUGGAAUUAUGAGGACAUAUAACCUUAGAACAGAUCUGGUAGCUGACGUCAUAGCAGGUCUGACCGUAGGGAUCAUGCAUAUACCACAGGGAAUGGCGUAUGCAAUGUUAGCAUCAGUACCUCCAGUUGUAGGACUCUAUGUCUCAUUUUUCCCUGU